ACCUAGUGCACUCAAGCAGAAAUCUAGAUAUCAGCUACCAAGUCAGAGGCUGAGUACGCUACCGAGGCAAUCUCUAGCCCAGUCAAGCUCACAGGAUAACUUUGUUCCAAGUGCUUCACGUGCAGAUGCUGGUUUCUACGGUAGGCAAUCCUUAGCUCCGCGAAUGCCACCACCUAGUGUACAAAGAUCCUCCGUUUAUGGUCGUCAAUCUGUUGUUCCUUCCGCUUCUCAUCAUCAAUUGGCUUCGUUUCUGCCUCCACCGCGACACCUCACACGCGAUCCCCGCCCAAUGCGUGACAGGAAUUACAUCAAUGAAUUGAAGGAAUUAGUUCAUAAACACCUCCUAGAAUGCGCCUAUCCAUUUCAAAUUACAGCCAAGACAUUGACAUCACCAACAACAAAGGAUUUCCAAUCAAUGUUUAGGUUCCUUUAUACAGAUAUACUAGAUCCUGCGUUUAUUUGGGCUAAGGAUUUUCAAGGAAAACCACGUAAAUUUGAGGAAGAAGUUAUGAUGAUUUUGAGAGAUUUGAGGUAUCCAGUAGCAGAUUCAAUAUCUAAAACACAAUUACAAGCUGCAUCAGCACAACAUAUUUGGCCUGGUAUGCUUGCAAUGCUUGCUUGGUUGGCUGAUAUGAAUAAAACAAUGCAAAAUUGGUACACUCCUGAUUACUGCGAUGAUCCUCAAUUAGCACAUCCUAGUGAUCUUAACCCACAAGAUAUUUCAAAUUGGCAUGAAAAAGUUAGUUACGAGUAUGCAUCAUCUACAUACGUAGCUUUCUUACAAAAUGAGGAUGAAUUUCCUAAUGAAAAUGCCGAAUUGGAAGAGAUCUACAAAAGACAAGAUGAGGAGAUUUUAAAAGAGGUUGAAGAUUUAGAAAAGGAGAAUCAAGUUUUGCGUACAGAGUUGGAAAAAUUAGAACAAUCACCUUCACCACUUGCAGAAGCAACUGAGGAGCUUCAAAAAAUGAAAUCUGAUAAGGGUAAAUUCAAACAACUGAUACAACAUUUCGAAGAAAAGAAGUCAAAAACUGAGACCAUUAUAACUAAAAUGCAAUCAGCUGUUGAAGCACUUGAGAAAGAAUUAAAUGAGCAAGAAAUUGAAAAUGAAAAAGUUAGUAAGCAAGUUGAAGCUCAAAACCUCACACCUGAGGAAAUAGAUAGAAUGAAAUCCACUAGAGUUCAAUUAUCAGAUACACUUGAUAAACACCGUCAACAAAUGGAAAGAAUCAAGAAAUCUAAUUGGGAUCUUGAAAUAUUAUCAACUAAAGCAGCAGAUAGUUUAGAGAAUGUUGUUAAAGUUUACAUGGAAUUAUGUGAAAGGAUAGGAAUAGUACCUGGACCACCACCUGAGAAAUACCUUCAUGUUCAAUUCGAUUUAGAUUACAGCAGAGCUGCUGCAACACCUUCAGAAAUGUUCUCAUCGACUGAUAUAAAAGGUGCGAUCAAGAAUGCGCUUAUUGGUAUACGUAAAGAUGCUACCGAUAAGCAUGUCGAAGUUGAGAACGACAAUAUCAUCCUCCAAGAACAAGUCCAAAGAGUUGAAGAGUUGGUCGUUGAAUCACAAGAGAAAGUUCAAGAGAUAUCAGCAAAAUUAGAAACAAUGAAAGCUCAAACGGAUGACGAGAAAAGCAGGAUGCAAGCUGAAGUAUCUGCUUCAAACUCUGAAAUGAGAGAAGCUGAACAACUCCUUCACGACGCCCAAGCUAAUGCUCGCAAAGGUGUUCUUGCACUCGAUCAACGUUAUCAAAGUUUGAUGUUUCAAUAUGAUAACUUAUUAUCAACAACACAAAACAGUCAACAAGAAUUAUCACAAGAGGUUGUCUCAAUCGUUACUGAAAUAAUUAACCUCAAGCAAUACGUACAACGUACGAUUGAAGAUACAAUUAAAUUUGCCGAGGAGAACUAAUUUUCAUAUUUUUUGUAUAAAGCGU